GGCAGGAAGGGGCGUCACGUCUGGGCAGAGGAAACCCCAUCUCCCAGUCUCCUGCCUUUGAUGCUCUUUAACAAUCCCUCCUCCUUCCCCUUAUCAUAUGCUCACCUUAGUGUCAACAGCAUCAGGCAGAUCAAGGAGCCCAGUUUCUGAAGGAAAUCUGAACUCUUUUGGCUUUUGUUAUGCUCAGAUUUCUGAGCAUCUAUCUUAAAUAUUCCCCAGGUAACUUGAACAGGGAAGCUGGAUGUGCAGUCUCUGAGUAGGGGGAAGGUAAGGACCAUGGAAGUCAUGUAUUGCCCAUUCUCUCAUCUCCUGUAAGGACACUGAGUGCUCCCCGUUUUGCCAGCAGGUCUUUGAGAGUAACAAAGCAGAUGAGAGGAAGGGAGCGGAGCGGCACGGAGACAGACCCAGGCUUCUGUAAUUGCUGUGUUGGCAGCAGGGCAUUGAUGGCUGGACUGAAAAGCCUACGAAACUGUAGUUUUCUCUUUUACUAAGAUGAUGGAAACUAUGGCUCUGAGCUUUAAUUUAAUUUGACGUAGUUCUGCAGAAGGUGCAGAUUUCCUUUGAAUUUCCAAAAGAAAAUCAUGCAGAUCAACUCAGAAUCUACAAUAGAUCUCUCUUUUUUGCCAUGUCAGCUGACAACCACCAGCUCCAUACUCAUUCCUACCAGGACUCACUAAGUUCUACUUGUCACAGUCUCUUGAAUGUCAACAGUCACCCCCUGUCAAAGAGCUCCUCAAGUCUGGACUGUACUGGGCAGUCAAGUUUAGAGGAAAAGCAAAGCAACAAACAGGAGCUGAAGAAAAGCCGUAGUAGCACCAUCUGCCAUACUCUGGGAAACAAGGGUGAUGAAAGGAGUGUGCCGAGUCCUGGAUGGUCCUUCUCGCAGCCUGGGGUGGUGGGACAUGGGCCAGUGGUCCAAACCAUAAGUGACCAGUCAGCCAGUGACAAUUCACAGAGCAGAACUAAGACUACAAACAAUCUUCUUACUGCUGAACAAUCUCCAGCAUCCUGGGAAUUGGGGGACACUAAGAUGUGUGUAAAGAGCGGCACUGCUGAGAAUGUUUCUUCAGCCUGCAUUGUCCACCAGCAAAGCAUGUGUAAAAUGGAAGAAUCAGGAACUGCCCUUCAGAGAAGCCACUCAGACCUAACUUGCAGUUGCAAACAGCAGACUUGUGCCACUCACACAGAAACCAGCGCUACUCACUCCAGCCUAACCUCUUCUAGCUGCAGGCAUGGUCCACCAGUGGCUAGGGUGUCUUUCCAAACACAGAGAUACGGAUCAGAAACAAACGAAAAUACAUUUCACUAUCAAAACCUUGUGACUCAUCUUCCAGUCCUACCUAGAGACCAAAAAGUACCCACAAACAGCUUUGACAGCAGUGGUAUUCCACGUAACACUACUAUUUACACAGAUCCUGGAACAUUUCACACUGCUGUUCUAGGACCCCACAUGCCUGGAAGUGGUUUCUCAAACAGGACAAUGUUCAGUCAAGCCACUGGGAUUAUUCAUGGUGGUCUGAUUUAUGGUCAUAUUCCAAACUCUAUCUAUUCACCCAUGGUGAUGACAGUUCAUAACAAUUCUGCAGGGUCCUAUAAUAUAAGGCAGAACCCUUGCAUGAAGGUAGAUGCCACCACCUCUGCCCAUUGCCAUUCUUUGCCCAUACCAUCUAUCCAACUUGAUCCACAGUUGGUAUGCUCAGUUAGUGAGUCGGGAAAAGAGCAGGCAGCACCUGGCUAUUUUAAUUCCCUUUCUACUUCAGAUAUUCUGACAUAUCCUAAGCUGGUGUCUUCAGUAAGUGAAUCAGGCCUGGAUGCCAAGAGAGUCCUGAAGUGCUCUAGCAUUCCUGGAGAACAUGCUCAACACUGUGCUCAGGAGGAGACAGUUCCUCCAGAAACAAAGACUGCUUGUGUUGCCUUUAGUAGCCAGCAAGGUGCAGCCAUGGUAAUGACAACUAAGGAUAUGUGGACUAUGACCUCUAUGAAUGAUUUAACCAAAGGACUGAAGCCAGGUCUUGAGCUUAGAGAUGCUGAGGUACAAACUCUUCCAAUCAUGGAAUGCAAAUCUGUGGCUACAAGCCCAGCAGCUGCAGCAGAGGGCCACUCGCAUGUGUUCCCGGAGGUGAACCUGGAGCAAGACUUGGAGCCGUCAACAUCUCCAGUACGCGAAGUGAGAUGGGAUGAUGAAGGAAUGACCUGGGAAGUGUACGGGGCAUCUGUGGAUCCAGAAGUCCUUGGGUUAGCCAUUCAAAAACAUCUCGAGAUUCAAAUAGAACAAUUCCAGACAGAGCCCACUCAGCUGGCUAGGAAAAGUAAUGAGGAGUCAUCUUCUGAUAAAAUGGGGAAAAAAAGGCCAUUCAGAACAAUGAUGCAUUCCCUGAGACAUCCAAGCUGUUGUGCUUCCAGUGCUGCAGUGGAGUGAGCACAGAUGUAGGACAGCUGUGCUGCUUUUCAAUUGUAAAUAAAUGCUGACUCUCAGGUGUUAACAAAGCAGGUGUGGACAAUCCACUUCAGGAUAAGUGUGAAAGUUCAGUGCCCAUCAAAUACACAUCAAAGCAUGGAAAACCCCAUGGUUGGGCCAUAUAACAGAGAAUAUAAGGUUGUACCUACAUCAUGCCAUCUGAGCGCUCUUGACUGCAUUUAAUGUAGUGCUGUUUUAUUCUUCUAUGUUAGUUUUAAAUCAUAUUGUAAGGAAUGAGACUUCUUUUCUAAAUGAUGCAUCUUUUUAAAACAAUGAUGACUUUUGUCUGUAUUUUAAUAAUUUAGGGUUAGAAAACAAAGUUAGAAAUUGAUGCUUUAAUCAAAGUUCUUAGCUUUCAAUCCUACUCCCUUCAAUUCUUUUGGGAGCUAGUUUGCUGACAAUUUAUGGUAAUGCUGGCUAUAAGCCCACUUCAACUGUAGACAAAAUGACAAACUAGCGUAAUGCUAUAUGACAAAGAAUUGUAACUUUUGCUACAUAACUCUGUGAAGUAAUUUUGGUAUUGCUAGUCUGAGCUCUUCCCUUUGCAAGCUGAUGUACAGUUAAAGGAUGCUCCUGCAACUUGCAAAUUAGUUUGUAGUUAUGAUGAAUUACGCUCUAAAUGUCCAGAACUGAUGUUUACCAAGUGAUUGACAGAAAUGUACAGUAUUACCAAAGAUGACUCAUGUAACAAAAACUGUUCAGAUUAGUCUGUCACAAUAUCGUACCCUACAAAUCAUAAGCAGUUUUGUUUUGCUUAUAUUAAAAGUAAUUUCCAGUGA